AUGUCCGCUCACAGAAUGAAGAUCGGCUGUGCUGGUCUCGGUCGCAUGGGCAAACGCCAUGCCCUGAACUUCCUCCAACGCACUCCUCGAGCAGAAUUGGUCGCUGCGAGCUCGCCCGACCCUGCAGAGCUCGAAUGGGCCAAGACGCACCUGGAACCCUUCGGCGUGCGGCUGUACCAGAACUAUGACGAUAUGCUGAAACAAGAAGGCCUUGAGGCUGUCGUAGUUGCAUCUGCGACCGCGGUGCAUGCCGAGCAGGCAAUUAAAGCUAUCAAUGCUGACAAGCAUGUUCUCUGUGAGAAGCCGCUGUCGACUAGCGCAGAGGUGUCCCAAUCCGUCGUCGACGCAGCUUCCAAGAAGCCCCAUCUCAAGGUGAUGUGCGGUUUCUCCCGCCGUUUCGACAAGUCCUACCGCGAUGCCUAUAACAAAAUGAUCGCUGGUGCUAUCGGUUCCCCCUCCGUGCUACGCAGCCAAACCUGUGAUAAGCUCGACCCCUCCGGCUUCUUCGUCGCCUAUGCCGAGUUCUCUGGUGGAAUCUUUGUGGACUGCUCCAUCCACGAUAUCGACUUGGCACUGUGGUUCUUCGGCGCCAGCAGCAAGAUCAAGUCCGUAUCCGCCGUGGGCAUCACCGCCGUCGAGCCAGACCUCCGAAAGCACAACGACCGAGAUAAUGCAGUCGGUCUAGUCGAAUUCUACGAUGGCCGGAUUGCGUACUUCUAUGCCUCGCGCAUGAUGGCCGCCGGUCAAGAGGAUACUACCGAAAUCAUCGGUACAAAGGGCAAAGUCACAGUGAAUACGCAGCCGGCGAUGAACCAUGUGAAUCUGUUUGAUGGCACUGGUGUUCGUCGGGAGAUCCCUCAGACUUAUUAUGAUCGGUUCGAGUAUGCUUUUGUUACGGAGGCGAAUGAGUUUACUGCUUCGGUGUUGGAUGGGACUCCGUUGCCGUUGGAUUUAACGGCUGCCGUGCAGGCUGUGCGGAUUGGGGCUGCGUUGCAGGAGUCGAUGGUUUCUGGGAAGAAGAUUUUCUUUGAUGAGCAAGGAAACCGGACGGAGGUUGCGCGGUUGUAA